ACUCUGCUUAUAUCUGUAAACUAAUUCACCAUUUUCGCCAAUAAAGGUCAUGAAAAAAAAUAAUUGGUUCUCAAUUUAUCACUAUGUAAAUUUUUAUUUUAGAUGCAUUUUUUACUGUCUCGAUGUUUUGUGACAGUUUGUUAUCAAGCUGCUCCCUCUUCUGGCGGACAAAUGAAUCGCUAUCCCGUGCAGCACUGCGGUUCAAAUCAGAACACUCUCCACCAAUGAUAUAAGAGAACGCCAUCACCGAUUGGAAGUUAGCCAAUGGGAGUCGUAGGAAGUGGCAAAUGGGCGGGACACCAACGUUGGAAGAGGAGUCGAUUCAGGAAGCCAUUACGCUGCGCAUUCGUGUCAAUCCUAAAAAUCUUACUAUUUUUACGUAUUCUACGCAAUUUUAUUUUCACCCCACAACUCAAAAUAAACCCUUUAUGGCAUCUCAGGCCAAAAAGAGAAAAACGAACUUCUCCGAAAGGGAGGUGGAGAUCAUCGUGGAGGAGAUGGAAAAGCAAAAACACGUUUUGGUGAACCAUUUUAACGCGGGCGUCACGCACAUCGCAAAGAACAACGCAUGGGUCGAAAUCAUGAAGCGCGUGAACGCCGUCACCACCUGCCAGCGCGAGCUCGCGGAGGUCAAGAAGAAGUGGUCCGAUUUAAAGACGGAGGUGCGACGGAAAGUGGCGCAAGCGCGGGCGGCCAUGGAAGGCACGGGGGACUGCUCCUCCAUUCCCGUCAUCCUCACAUCCAUGCAGCAGCGCAUUUGCAAUCUGCUGGGAGAAGCGACGAUCAUCAGCCUGCCGGCGGCGGAGGCGGGCACGGAGAUCGCUGCGCCCAUCAGCUCCGUCGCAACGUUAGCGCAAAGUAUUCAACCAGCGACAGCAGCGGCAUGUGAAAUAAAAACGAUUGAAGACGAGACGACGUAUCACACGCUGGAAGAAGGGAUGGUGGAGUACUGCACCACUGAGACCCCGGUGACGGUCACGCCCGUGGAGAUGCUGGCGACACAGGCCGAGUGUUCGUCCAAACCUCAAGAUCUGAAGAGCCGCAUCGCCCUCAACUCCGCCAAGCUGCUUCAGGAGCAUCGCGUCACCAACCUGCACAUCCGUGAGAUCUCCCAGCACCUGGAGAACCAGAACGACCUGCUGCAGAUGAUCCGGCGCUCGCAGGAGGCUCAGGCCUGUGCGCAGGAGAGACAGGCUCAGGCUCUGGAGGGCACACAGGCGGCUCUGUUGGCCUUCGUUCAGAUGUUCAGACCGGCCCUUAAGGAUCUCAGAAAGUUCUUACAGAACGCAAAUAGCUCAAACGCUGCGGCUGUCGCAGAGAAUGUGGAGGGGGUCCCGCCCCCUUCAGAAGGUGGACAAUAGACGUGUGCUUGGUUUUUCUGAAUGUUUGUGUGUUGUGAAUGUGUGUGUGUUGAGUCUGGUUGUGGUCUAUAGAAUAGACCGGAUAUACCAUGUAAAGUUUGUGCAGUAUGGGUGGAUGAAGGGAUGGAGAAAUGUGGAUACUAGGACUUUAACUGCAGUAGCAAAGAAGCUUUUGACGUCUGCAAUAUUUUCAUAAUAUAUUUUUUAUUUGCCUCACAGCAGUUUGGUAGCUACAGAUAUAUUUUAAGUUAUGAAAUAUAUGUAUAUUUUUUGUAUACUACUUGUGUGGACUAUGACAAGUGUUGCAUGCAAACUCUCAUAAACACAAACACAGUGUCUCAUGUUUGUGGAAAACUGGCUGGUAAGAAAUGUUUCCAGUGGCCGGAAGAUUUAAUGAAGACGUUUGUUUUUGUACAACAUAUGCUAAAUAAAGAAACUCUCUUACAAGUCUGUGUUUACUUACUCAUUCUUUUCAUAUAUUUCUUUCUUUUUUUAAUAUUAGCCUUAAAUUAUUAAUUAUACAUGAUAUACCGAUAAACCGUUGUAUAUAUGUUUUUAUUUAUAUACAUAUAGAACUGACUUCUAUCUCUUUUC